AAAUAAGUCACCAACAAAAGUCCAAGAAAAAAAAGGCAAAAAAAGAGAAGCAAAAAAAGGCUACAGACCUUGUUAUUAGCCAGCCAGACUAAUCACUAAAAUAAUAAUCAUAAUAAUCAUAAUUGGAACAGCAUGGCUCUGGGUAACCUCUGAGUGGGCGGACGGACGGGCUUGGCUUCAAUGAGGCUUUCUGGCGGUCGGUCGCAGGCUGAAAUAAUUCUCCCGCUAACUCGCCGUUAUCAUUCUUCGUCUUCUUCGUCUUCUUCUUCUUCUUCUUCUUCUUCUUCUCUCUCUCUCUCUCCCCUCCUCCUCCACUCCUCCGUCGCUUCUCAUCUACGCCAUCUCGUCUCUCUCUGUUCACUCUGCUUGUCGGCCUCCAUUCUCUUUCUCGUAAUAACCAGUCCCUUUCCCAUCUAAUCCACCAUGGCCGACGACGCGCAGCAUGAACACACCUUCGAGAGCGCCGACGCCGGCGCUUCCACCACCUACCCGAUGCAGUGCUCGGCCCUGAGAAAGAACGGCUACGUCGUCAUCAAGGGCCGCCCCUGCAAGAUCGUUGAGAUGUCCACCUCCAAGACCGGCAAACACGGCCACGCCAAAGUCCACCUGGUCGCCAUCGAUAUCUUCACCUCCAAGAAGCUCGAGGAUCUCUGCCCGUCCACCCACAACAUGGAGGUCCCCAAUGUCUAUCGCAAGGAAUACCAGCUGCUCGACAUCACCGACGAUAACUUCCUGUCCCUCAUGUCCGACGACGGCUCUCUCAAGGACGACGUCAAGCUGCCUGAGGGUGAAGUUGGUGAGAAGAUCGAGAGGCUCUUCCGUACUGAGGAAAAGGAAACCAACGUCGUCGUCUUGACUGCCAUGGGCGAGGAGGUUGCCAUGGACGCCAAGGAAGCUCCCCGCUCUUAGAUCUAGCUUACAAUACAAAGUAGCUUAGUCUCUAAAUGUGUUCAUGUUUCCGUUUCCUUUUUUAACGUGUUGAUGUGUUUGUGUUUUUACUUUAUCUACUACUACAAGGCGUGUUUGAAAUUUGAAAUCCAAAAUUUCGUCCCCACAUGUUUCAUUUUUUUUACCUCUUUUUUUCAUUUUUUAUUUAUCUUUUCUGUUGGCACAUGGGAUAAAAAAAGAUAUGGACGAUGGCGGCCGGGAAAUGGGAAAGGAAGUAAGGGGCAAAAAAAAAAAAAAUAUAGCAGAAAAAGGAUAGCAGAGAAAAACUCACAUAGAGCUUUUUCCCAUAUCAUAUCUCUCUCAGCUUUUAUUGUUGGUUUUUGUGUUUUUUUUGUGUGUUUUUUUUUUUUUUUUUUUUUUUUUUUUUUUUUUUUUUUUUUUUUUUUUUUU